AUGGAGUUUGAUGUAUUUGAAAAGUUAAGUGAACUGGAGACUGAAAUCCACAUUCUGAAGAAGGAACUCGAAGAAAAAGAUGCAUUCAUACAGAACUUGAUGGAUAAAAACACAGACUUAGAACGUCGUCUCCUGUCUCUUGAUCAAAAAAGCGUGGUCAGUGACGACAAUUUGCCAAGCGUAAAAGAGGUUUCUGCCAACGGUUCGAAUACAACCAAUUCUAAGACAUAUGGUGCAUCGAUAGCUAAUAUGCUUAAAGAAACAUCAGAAGCUGUUGUACGUAAUACAGGCUAUACCUUUGAUGAACGAACUGGAUUGUAUUACGAUCAUAAAAGUGGCUAUUACUAUGACCCAGAGAAUCAGUUAUUUUACGAACCAAAAACUGGAACGUACUAUAAAUAUAAUUCCGAAACCGGUGAAUAUACAAAUUAUACUGCAUCAGAAGAAGAUGCAAUGAAUAGUAAAUUCAGAGAAUUUACUCAUCCUGUUUAUGCGCAUUUACUAAAGAAAUUGCAACAGCGCCACAAAACGGAAAAAGAAAAUGAUUAUGGUCACCGAUUGAAGACUGUAUCUAGGUAUAGUCGGUCAACAAGCAGUGAUAUUGGGCAUCGUAGAAGAUGGCGAAGUCGUAGUAACUCUGGUUCGCGAUAUUGCCGUUCGUACUACAAACAUAAGUGUGAAAGUCCAUCCGUUCACGGACAUUCAAGAUGUAGACAAAGGUCCUACAAACACUCCUAUCGUUCUGGCAGUUCUCACAGUGAUGAAAGACGCUAUAAGCGCAAUAAACAUCGGAGAAGAAAGCACUCCCAUCGACACAGACAUCGAUCAUCUUCCACUACUGGUUCUAUGUGUUCAUACAAAAGUCGAAAUCAAAAACAAUCAAAAAAGAAACGAAAACGAAGGCAUAGAAGUCAUACAAACAGUUCUAGUAGUAAUUCUUAUUGUUCUAAUUCAUUAAAACGAAUAAAAGAAUCGCCAGCUGAAGAAAAGGUGAUUACGUCAGUGAAAGGAGAUCCAGUUGUAUAUCCACCAUGUGUACGUCUUAUGGUACUGGCAUCAGAAUGUGCUCAACCAGGACAAUUAUUUUUAAUAACAUCUCAAGAAUCAAUUGAUGGAUGGGGCUGCAUCGGAAGAUCAUCAAUAUUAUGUCCAUCAGCUCAUUUACCAAACGACCCGGAGAUAAGCGAGUUGCACUGUGAAAUCACUUAUAAUAUAGAGACUCGUCAGUAUUCCUUAUUGGAUAGAGGCUCUAAUUUCAGUACAACUAUUAAUGGCAUCACAUUACCUCGGUGUAAAUCAUCAGUAUUAUGUCAUGGUGAUAUAAUACGACUAGGAUCAACUCGUCUACUUGUCCACAUACAUAAUGGUAAUGAAACAUGUGGACAAUGUGAUCCAGAUGAGAUGAAAGCUGCUUUGAAUUCAUUUAUUGGUACGAAUGAAGCAAUCAAUUCGGACAGCCAUGCGAAUGAUAAUAAUAAUGAUAAUGAUACUGGUGCCGAAAAACCACCUGAAACUAUACCAACGCAUUCAUCAAAAGAUGUGGAAAGACGCGCGAAAUUAGAUGAAAUAAAAAAGAAAUAUGGUCUGAAAUUUCCACGAAUAAGAACUCAGGCAAAGACAGACAAACAAUAUAUGGAUCGUGCUGCACAACGACGUGCAAUUGAAGCAAAUUUAAAAGCAGCUGGUUAUCCAUUACCUCCGGCACCAGGUGUAAUCAAACAACAAAUCAAUAAAACUCCACUCAUUGCUCGUCCAACACCAGCCAGUGUAUAUAAACCAAUCAGUGAUGAAAAUAAAGGAGCGAAAUUAUUAGCUAAAAUGGGUUGGACACCUGGUCAAGGAUUGGGUAAAAGUAAAAGUGGAAUUUCCGAACCGAUCACUGUUAGUUUACGUAUUAAUCCACAAGCUGGUCUUGGCUUAAAUAAUUCAUCGAAAAAUCUCGUACCAAUUGAUUCUACACCGAAAGAAUUAACACAAGCAUAUAUUCGUGCAAAAACUAAAGAACGUUUUGAUAAAUUAUUAUAA